AUGAUAAAUGAGUACGUUGCCAGAAAGGUCGCUCUAAAGGACAUGCAACCAUGUGCGAUCUGUAGCAAACCAUCCACUACCGUCCUUUACAACGCAUCUGGUCCAGAUUGGCUAUAUACAUGCGAAAUACAUUUACAAGAUAAUCCACAAUUUGUCAUUCCCCUCUAUAGUACAGAGUAUAAUGAAGCCGUGGCUCAAUUAAAACUAGUAAAGGGGAAAAUGGAUAGUCUGACAUCAGCUCAAACCCAAUUAGGGUCCUGGGAUGGUUGGGUUACUAAAAUAUUCUCCAAGAAAGAAAAGGAGACAAAUAACUCUAAAGACCCUGAUCCAACUACAACCGACUCUACUGAUACAUCUCCACAGGCUAAGAACGAUGCAGAAAUCUUGUCAGAAACAAAGAAACAGUACAGCAAAAUACUUGACAAAGUUACAGAACUGCAAAGGAAAAACAGAAAAUACGAACUAGCAAAAAUCAUGUUUGAAAGCAGACUCCUAAGAAAAAGAACAGAACAAGUAAAUCGCGAACGAUACCUCAAGGAGCAAGAGAAUUACUCUAAUACGGAUCCUGAAGAACUGCUUCGAAAACACGUGUUCCCCUCCGUUCCAAAAUAA